AUGAUGGUGGAUUUGGGUCCGUUCUCAAACGAGAACUUCGACCCAAAGAAAUGGAUCAACUCAGCGUGUCAGAGUCGACACCCUCAGGAGUCAUUGGAUAAGCACCUAGUCGAUUUGGAGAUGAAACUCCAGAUGGUUUCCGAGGAAAUCGCCGCUUCUCUCGAGGACCAAAGCACCGCUGCUCUCCUCCGUGUUCCUCGUGCCACUCGUGACGUCAUCCGCCUCCGCGAUGACGCCGUUUCUCUCCGUUCUGCUGUCUCCGCCAUCCUCCAAAAGCUCAAGAAGGCAGAGGGAUCAUCUGCUGAAUCUAUAGCGGCACUUGCUAAGGUCGAUGUAGUUAAGCAGAGGAUGGAAGCUGCUUAUGAAACUUUGCAGGAUGCUGCUGGAUUAACCCAAUUAAGUUCAACAGUGGAGGAUGUAUUUGCCAGUGGUGAUCUCCCUCGUGCUGCUGAAACUCUGGCUAAUAUGAGGCAUUGCUUGUCUGCUGUCGGGGAGGUUGCUGAAUUUGCCAACAUAAGAAAGCAGCUUGAAGUCUUGGAGGAUAGGCUAGACACAAUGGUGCAGCCUCGUCUUACCGAUGCAUUAUCCAAUCGCAAGGUUGAUACUGCUCAAGAUUUGCGUGGAGUUCUCAUUAGAAUAGGAAGGUUUAAGUCGUUGGAAUCUCAAUAUUCAAAGGUACAUCUGAAACCAAUUAAACAACUUUGGGAAGACUUUGAAUCAAGAGAACGGGCUAAUAAGUCUGCAAAUGAGAAGAAUGAAAUGGAGAGAACAUCGAGUGUUGGCAAUUUUCAGUCUGUUUCACCUACAAUAUCGUUCUCCAAUUGGUUACCAAGCUUUUAUGACGAGCUACUACUUUAUCUUGAACAAGAAUGGAAAUGGUGUAUGAUUGCUUUUCCAGAAGAUUAUAAAACUCUUGUCCCGAGGUUAUUAAGUGAGACUAUGAUGGCUAUAGGUGCGAGUUUCAUAUCUCAUAUCAACCUUGCCAUUGGAGAUGCUGUUCCAGAAACAAAAGCAUUGGCUAAAGGUUUAUCAGAUAUUUUAUCUGGAGACAUGCAAAAGGGUAUUAAGCUUCAGACAAAGCACCUGGAGGCUUUGAUUGAAUUACACAAUAUCACCGGGUCCUUUGCAAGGAAUAUUCAGCACUUAUUUUUGGGUUCUGAUGUACAAGUUUUAAUGGAUGUGCUGAAAGCCGUGUACUUGCCAUAUGAAUCGUUUAAACAGAGGUAUGGACAAAUGGAGCGUGCAAUCCUUUCCUCUGAGAUUGCAGGAAUAGAUUUAAGAGGAGCUGUAAUUCGAGGGGUAGGAGCCCAAGGAGUUGAACUCAGUGAAACUGUUCGUAGGAUGGAGGAGUCUAUUCCUCAAGUUAUUAUACUUCUUGAAGCUUCUGCUGAGAGAUGCAUCAGUUUCACUGGAGGUUCUGAGGCAGAUGAGCUGAUUCUUGCCCUUGAUGACAUAAUGUUACAAUACAUUUCCACUCUACAAGAAACUCUCAAGUCACUUAGAACUGUGUGUGGUGUGGAUUUUGGUGGCGAUGGUACUGGAAAGAAAGACAUUGAGAAGAAAGAUGCAAGUCAAAAUGCUCGGAGAGUUGAUUUGGUCUCAAAUGAGGAGGAAUGGUCCAUGGUCCAAGGGGCACUGCAGAUCCUUACAGUUGCAGAUAGUUUGACAAGCAGAUCCUCUGUCUUUGAAGCAUCUUUAAGAGCUACUCUUGCUAGAUUAAGCACUACUUUAUCUUUUUCAGCAUUGGGUUCAAGUUUAGAUCAAAACCAGACUAUAAAUGGUAAUGAAGACGGAGAGCCAUCUUUUGGUGGGAGGGCUGCCUUGGACAUGGCAACACUGCGGCUGGUUGACGUGCCCGAGAAAGCCCGGAAACUCUUUAGCCUUUUGAAUCAGUCUAAAGAUCCCCGUUUCCAUGCUCUUCCCCUUGCGUCUCAAAGAGUUGCAGCAUUUGAAGACACAGUUAAUGAACUUGUAUAUGAUGUCCUCAUAUCUAAAGUACGGCAACGCCUCAGUGACGUGUCCCGUUUGCCAAUAUGGUCAUCAGUUGAGGAACAGAGUGCUUUUCCUCUCCCUACCUUCAGUGCAUAUCCACAAUCCUAUGUGACCAGUGUUGGUGAGUAUCUUCUUACUUUACCCCAACAAUUGGAGCCCCUUGCUGAGGGAAUAUCUAGCAGUGAAGCCAACGAUGAAGCACAGUUCUUUGCAACUGAAUGGAUGUUCAAGGUUGCAGAGGGUGCAACAGCACUCUACAUAGAGCAGUUGCGUGGGAUUCAGUACAUUACAGAUCGCGGUGCGCAGCAGCUAUCAGUUGACAUUGAUUAUCUUAGUAACGUGCUUUCGGCUCUGUCAAUGCCAAUCCCUGCAGUUCUGGCUACAUUUCAAAGUUGUCUUUCUACCUCAAGAGAUCAGUUAAAAGAUCUUCUGAAGACAGAUUCAGCAAACCAACUUGAUCUACCAACAGCAAACCUUGUGUGUAAGAUGCGGCGGGUGAACUUAGAUUCGUGA